UGCCUGCCCCUCUCACUCCUUCUUACUUUAGGGGACUAGACUGUCUCGCUCCCACCCCACCCCAGGCGCAGGUUCCUGCAGGCGGGCUGGGUGGGUCUCCAGGUUUCCAGAGGGCCGGUUGCGUAGCAGGGAGAAAAUUCAAGACGUUACAUCCCACUCCUCCCGUUUUAAAUACUGAUUCAGCUCGAAGCUAGGCUGAAGGGUGAGUGGGGAUGUUUAAGGGUGAGGGUGAGCUUCGUCAUGUGGAAAACGAGGCAUCUGACAGCUUGUGGCCACCACCCCCGGCCCCGGGCGGAAUGCGGGCUGGGUGGUCCGACAGGGGUGGCGUCCCACGAGGUGGGAGCCGGCACCGGGUCCCGGAGUGCGCGAGGGUCCAAAGCCCUAGUCGCCGGGGACUGCCUGGCCGGGAGGCGGCGGCCACGUGAGGGUGGUCUGGGUGGUCUGUGGAAGCGCUGGAGCCCAGAGAUGGGUGUGAAGUGCGUAGCACAGUCGUGCCGGGGGCGGACACGAAACACCCGUGGGCGGGGGACGCGCGGAGGAGCGGAGACUCGCGCGGGCCCGACCCCGCAGCCGUGGCGACGGUUUUAUUCCGAGCGGCGGCCGGAGCCGGGCGCCUUCCCCGCUGGGCCUGCGUCCCGGGCGCGGGUGGGUGCGCACUUCACAGCCCUCUCCUGGGAGACCGUUUCCGGGCGGGGUCCCUGGCCCCGAGCGAGGGCUGUAAACAGGGUGGCGCCCUCUGCCCCCCCGCCCCCGGCCUGCCGGGGCGCGCGGCCGGCGGCGCCCGGAGCGGCGGAGGCGCGGCCGCGGCGCUGGGCAGUGGCGGCGGGGGCGCGCCCGCUCCCCGCCGCCCCCGCGCGCCCCCGCCGCCCGGCCGGCCGGCCUCUUCUGUUUUUGUUUUGA